AUGAGAGUAGGACAGCGGCAGAAACGGCAUGUCCGUGUAUGGUGGAUACUUUUUGUCACCCUGGUCGCUUUCUACAUUAUACCCCAGAGGGUGAGAUCAGAAAAAACGGAAGGCUUCAGCAUUUCAGACAACUACUACAUCCCUGAAAACAGCAACAAUAACAAAGAACUUAUUGUGAAGCCGGAAUACCCUGUUGCAGAGACCGUGUAUGAGCAGAUCGACAACUUCAUCACGCAGAACGGGAUGGCUCGCAUGGACGACUUCCAGAUCACGAACCUGGUGCUGGCGUCAGACAUCGAGGGAAACUUGAACGCUGUGAACCGUAAAACCGGCGAACUUUUGUGGUCCCUUGUUGGUGGCCAGCCAUUGGUGAGCAUCAGAUCCGACGCAGACACUUCAGACGCAGGACAUACCACCCCUGUCGCUUCUUCCAGCCACCCCACAGAUACCAGCACAAGGGAGUACCGCCGAUAUAGCAACGCCGAUAUGUUUGAAUCUUCACACACGAAAUCUUCUGGCUAUGACAGCCGAAGGCAUACACAAAACCACAAGAAGCAAGAUGUUACAUGGCUGGUGGAGCCAUAUGGAGAGGGGACUGUUUAUCAUUUCAUGGGAGAUGAGGGUCUCGAGAAGCUACCAAUAUCGAUUAAGCAGUUUGUGCUUAACUCGCCGUUUUCCAUUGAUGACCAGUUCGUCUACACGGGGAGCAGGAUAUCGGGCAUUGUCAAAAUAAACGCACGAACGGGAGCAAUUGUGGAGUCGUAUGGUUUGGACGGUGUAGGUACAUGCCCAUCCACCGAUCUAGACGAUGCACCUGGCAAUUUAAAUACCCAAUACAACUAUGAUGACAAUGAUUAUGGUGAUGGUGAUGAUAUAUCAUACAACUUUGAGAAGCAAACAGACUAUUUUGGAUCGCAUAGCCACGACUCGGAAGAUAACGAGGCGGGACCAUUCAUCAAACUAGGGAAAACGAUAUAUGACUUGACAAUACACUCCAAAAAUAACACAUCCUGGAACAUAACUUAUGUGCAGUGGGGGCCAAAUAACUUACAUGCUAACCUAGUGACCCAGAACACAAACUCGGCAGAUGAUACAUACAUUCAGCCAUUCCACGACAGUUCUUUGCUAGCCUUAGACGUUAGCUCCAAAUCUAUCAAGUGGGUGUCAAACUUACCCUAUGUCACUGUUAAUAUCUUUGAUGUCUUUGCUAACUCGCUCGUUGACAAUGACUACGUUGUCUUACCUCAUCCCCUCGAUUACGGAUCCUCCUCGAUGCCCAAGGAUAAGGAGGAAUCGACAUAUCUCGAUCGAACAAAGGAAGGUUCUUGGUAUGCUUUGAGCGAAAGGCACUACCCAUCCUUGGUUAGAUCUGCUCCCAUAGCCAAAUACAUUACGAAUGAGAGAUGGAGGCUCCCUCCGAUUUUCCAAAACGAUGAUUUGUUGGAAAUUUCCAUUUCCGGAGUGCACGACAACUCCUUAAGAAGACACUUGAAGGACGAUUCGCAAAGAAAUAUCAACAAACACUUGGCCGUUUAUCAGUCUGCAACAGCAAUGAGCAUUCCCGAAAAAAACAACGGUUUGACCUAUAGCCCAGGCCAAUCGAAAAAAGUGACACGCUCCAACAGAAAUCAUGAAAUAGACGAGGACAUUUUUGAUGAAAAUGUGCUGAGAGCGCCAACCCUAACAUUCAAAAGCAGUUCUAUUUCAAAGUUGGUAUACAGAGCCGUUGAAAAUGUUUUUGUCGCAAUGAUAUGUCUUGGGAUCUUUUACGUCAUGUCCAAAUUUGGCUUGCUAAAGGCAUUCAUAAAUAACAGCAAGGCCAAGGACUCGAGCAGACCGGUGAAAAUGGUUACAAUUGAAACGGAUCCCACCGUUGAUCAAAAGGGAAAAUUUGAGAAGAAGGAAACGACGACGUUGGAAUCUUCUGAUCUCCGUAGAAUCGUCUCGAAAGAGGACAGUGACGACACCAUAAGGAACACUGAAAACAACGAAAAGGAAAAUAAUGAAGAUAAAGAUGAAACAGAAGAGUCUGCCCGGAGAAAACGUAAAAGAGGGUGCCGAGGCGGCAAAAAGAACAGAAAAAAGGAGUCAAUUGACAAUACAGGUGUUUCCACCGCAAUCACGUCUAGUUCUACUGAUGAUGAUGAUAGCGGAGCUGGUAUUGCGAGUGUCAAAACUCUGGAGGCUAUGGAUGAGUCUCUAUCCAAAAUUACCAAUAUAAGCAAUAGUUUAUCUAUUACGGAGCAUAUCCUGGGGUUCGGUUCUCAUGGUACUAUAGUUUUCAAGGGGUUUUUUGAAAACAGACCUGUAGCUGUCAAAAGAAUGUUACUCGAUUUCUAUGAUGUGGCUUCCCACGAAAUCAACCUAUUACAAGAAAGCGAUGACCAUUCAAACGUCAUCAGGUACUUCUGCUCCCAGGAAAAGAACAAGUUUUUGUACAUUGCUUUGGAGUUGUGUUCAUCAUCGUUGGAGGACUUAGUGGAGAAGAAGAAAGAGAAUUUGGAUGUCACGGUGGAGACGAGCGAAAUUCUAUACCAGAUUGCCAACGGGGUGAACCACUUGCACUCCCUGAAGAUUGUGCAUAGAGACAUUAAACCGCAAAAUAUCUUGGUUGCGCUAUCAAAAAAUAACAAGAACAAAAACCCAGUCCGCUUCCUCAUUUCGGACUUCGGAUUGUGUAAGAAGCUGGACGCCGAUCAGUCGUCCUUCAAGGGCACCACGGCCAAUGCGGCAGGUACGUCUGGCUGGCGUGCGCCGGAGCUGUUGCUAGACACAUCACCGGCGUACGUGGAUUCCAGCCUGGCGAAUCGGGUCCGUUUAACUCGGUCCGUCGACGUUUUUUCUGCUGGAUGUGUCUUCUUCUAUGUACUGACUGGCGGGUACCAUCCGUUUGGAGACCGGUACAUUAGAGAAGGCAACAUCAUCAAGGGCGAGUACGAUCUUUCCAAGUUGAACACGUUGCCUGACGCAUACACCAUCAAAGACCUGAUCAGCUCGAUGAUCCAUAAAAACCCCAUGGCGAGACCAGAUAUCAGUGUUGUCAUGAAGCACCCGUACUUCUGGAGUGUCGAAAAGAAGUUAGAGUUCCUCUUAAAAGUCUCGGACCGUUUCGAGGUAGAGAGAAGGGAUCCUCCGUCAGACCUCCUGCUGAAGCUCGAAUCUAUUGCUUCUGACGUACUAGGUCCCAAGGGCUGGUUUGACAAGUUUGAUGCUAAGUUCAUUGAUAAUCUCGGCAAGUACCGCAAGUACAAUACACAUAAGCUUAUGGAUCUGCUGCGGGCUAUCCGGAACAAGUACCACCACUACCAGGACCUUCCAAAGGACUUAGCGAUGGAGAUCGGGUCUUUGCCCGACGGUUUCUACUGGUACUUUUCAGGCAAGUUCCCCCGCAUGUUACUUCUAGUGUACAGACUCAUGAAGACGAUACUGCAUGAUGAAGAACUGCUGGCCCAGUUUUUUCAGUAG